AAGAGUUUCAGCUCUUCCAUUGAAUUUGUUUGAAUCUGUCAUUAUGAAACUUCACUGGCUGCUCCUGGCCGUGUGCCUGGCCUGUCUGCUGACUGUCGGCUGUGGCACUGGCACUGCCACCAGCACCAGCGCUGCUGCGGAUGCCACCUCCACCACCACCGCCGCCAGCACAGCCACAGGCUCCACCACGGCAGCCAGCAGCAGCAGCAGCGACGAAACCACCACAGCCGCGAGCAGCACCAGCAAUAGCAGCAGCAGCAGCAGCAGCAGCAGCUCCUCCAAGAAGAAGAGUGCCGCUGCCAAGCGCCGGGCCCGGCUACGUCGUCAACGGCGAGCUGCCAGAAGGCGGGCUGCCAGAAGGCGAGCUGCCAGAAGGCGAGCUGCCAGUAGGAGGAACAGGGGUUAGACUUGAUUCUCCCUCCCACUCACCCUCCCCUCCUUUUUGGCAUCAUCAUAGGUGUAUGUCAAUGGUUUAUAAUACAAUUUGUAUCCUGGGUUAUGCUUAAAAAA